AUGACUCCCACUCCAUCGGACAAAGACACUCUGGCACCCGCCGCGAUAGGAAACGAAGAGAGGCAGGACUACGUUGUGGUACCACCUCAGCCGUGGCUGAAUGGUAUUGCCACCAGCCCCGGGGUUGUCAAACAGUUCGUGGCUGUGCCUUAUAAGUUGGGCUACUCUGUCGAACAUCAGGUUACCGGCUCGGAAACGGUUAGAGGAAUUGAGUUUGAGAUCAUACCGAGCUUUACCCUAUGGAAACCGAGCUUUGCCCUAUGGGAUGAAUCUAGCGUCCAUCGCAGAGCGCCUAGCGCAAACUUAAAGACUCCAACGGUUGCCGAUUACGGCAUCGUUCGAGGGUCGAUAAUCGAUUUGAUUUUAACGCUGAGGGGAGGCUAUGCGCAAUCGCACGAGAUGGCAGUCGGAGCUGGCGGUACGAUCAAGCAGGGUAUCUGGAAAGACCCACAUUCUCCCCGACUUUGGAACACAGGGCGCGCCAAGCUCCUCAUCGUACAAGUUCUCAACGCCACCGCGUUUGAGGCGAUCACCGGCAUGCCGACUUCUCCCACGCCCAUCGAGUACAAGACGUUCUUACAACAAUGGUUGGCAGUCAGUAUUCCGGAAUCGUUUUCGGAAUCGUCUGCCGUCACCAGGGGUCACUCGUAG